UUCUUCAUAUUUCCAUCACCAUGGUUGAAUGGAUGGGACCAUUGUGUGUGGAGGGACUCUUUAAGUACCCUUCCGAUACAGAAGGGAUGCCAGUUAGUUAUUUUGGUCUCCUUAAUCACAUUUGACGAUAGAAACACAGCUAAAAUUCCUGACCUAAGCAGUAAACAACUCGGUGAAAGUGAUGCUAAAUGUUAAUGUUAGCUGGCAUAUAUUGGAGACAUAAUGUUGUCAUCUGUCAGCUGAUAGAGAGAGAGAGCUGGAGAGAGAGUGGGGAGGAGGAGGAGGACCAGGCUGUUCCGCUCGCGUCCUCUCUGUAGCUUCAUUCCUCGCCUCCUUCAGGCCGAGACGAGCAGCGGCACCGGGAGGGAUUUCAACUGAGGAUAACACAAUUCCGGGGGAUUGGACACCAAAUAGCAAGAAAAGGAGGAGGGCGGGAGGCACGGAUACAGCAGCACCGGUGGAGGACGAGUUGUCUGUGCAGAGACAAUUCAGGCGCGUUUGGAGGUUUAUUUUAUUUGUUUUUUUGCACCUGUGCUUGUGCUCGCCGUCGGCGGGAGGGGGGGGUGAAGACUCGUUAGAGUGACACGGACACGCCGCUGCAGACACCAUGCUCAUUGGUACGUCGGGACAGGGGGGGCCUCUUCUCGCCUCACUGCCUGUAGGGGGACGGCCGCUACAACCUCAACUGGACCUCAAACACCUCCUGCCCUUCCGGCUCAACGGGUCCUCCCACCUCAGCCUCUUCCCCAACUUCAACACAAUGGACCCUGUCCAGAAGGCGGUGAUCAACCACACGUUUGGCGUCCCUCAGCCCCUAAAGAAGAAGCAGAUUAUCUCCUGCAACAUUUGCCAUUUGCGCUUUAACUCCACGAACCAGGCAGAAGCGCACUAUAAAGGCCACAAGCACGCACGCAAGCUCAAAGCCAUCGAGGCCCAGAAAAACCGCCAACGACGGACGGGGGAGGCGUCAUCCGGCGGGAGGGACAGAGACAGAGAACGGGACAGAGAGCGGGAAAGGACCAAGAUGGCUGAGACAGCACUGCCUGUCACCGUGGACUCAAGCUUAGAGGAGGGAACAAGUGUUCAGUCGGACCUGGACGCGACCACUUUGGACGUAAAGAUGGAGGACAGUCCCAGGAGCUCGAUCAUGUUGACGCCGGUGUCAGACGUCUCUGCAGCCGAGCUGGUCACCCUUUCCCCUCCUCAGAUCUCCGAGACGGCCUCCGAUACGAGCGGCCCGGAGGCACCGGAUGCCACAGAGGCCGUGGUCUCGAGCGCCGAAUCGGGCAGCCAGGCGGAUGCGUCCAGCACCAACAGGGAGGUGCAAGCGGAUGAGGACGGCAAGAAAAGCAAAGCUCACCUCCACUGUCCCGUCUGCAAAGUGACGGUCAACUCCACCUCCCAGAUGGAAGCGCAUAACAGCGGCACCAAGCACAAACUGAUGCUGGAGGGUCAAAGCGUCCUGCCGCGGCGUCGUGGCAAAAUGGCAGCCGCUCGGGCCAGCUGCAAGAGCAAGAGGCUGGGCAGCAAAGGCAGCGUGGGCGUGUCCAGCAAGAACUUCCAGUGUGAAAUCUGCGAGAUCUUCGUAAACUCUGAGACACAACUGAGCCAGCACAUGAAUAGCAGACGGCACAAGGACAGGCUGGCUGGAAAGCCUCCGAAGCCCAAAUUUACCCCCCACAGCAAGAGCCAGCCCAGCUCCAGCUUAGCGAGCAUGAGAUGGAGUGGCUGUGCAGGCGUGGCCGUGUCGGCCAUGAAGAAAGCCUUCAGCCACUACAGCCUCACCUCCCUCUCCUCGCAGACCAAACUGGCCUUGCAGAAGCAGCUGACCAAGAGCUUGACAACGGGCUUCCUGCCCGGCCCCCUCACGCCGCCGACCCUGUGCACGGUGGCCGCUAACCCGCUGGCUCUGCGCCACCCGGUGGGCGCUGCUGCCGCCACCGCCUUCAUACAGACACCCUUCUUGGGGCCCGCACUGUUCCGGCCCGCGCCGGGGCCUCUGCGGGCCGCGCACACGCCCAUCAUCUUCUCCCCCUACUAAACCCACAUGACCCCGCCCCCUUCACUCUCCCCUUCUUACCAAGUCCACCCCCCAUCCUGUCUGUGUGACCCAUGUGACAAAGGCCUCACUCAAACUAUGCAGUCUGCCUGACUUAAGACGGACAGCGCCCCAUCCCGCCUUCUUCCUGCUGCGGUGAUCGCCAGCGAGGGAGUGGGACGCGCCUCCACAGGCCGCAUUAAUAGCCAUUCAUUGGGGGCCGGGGGCGGGUGGGAGGGUACAUGCCGGGAUUACGGCUGUACGUUUAGCCAAGCUGGACAUUUGUGUGGUUGACUUAAGACAAGCUCCCUUUACUUGAUGCCCUUUUCAAGCAUUUCUACAUUUUAUCAGUGAGACAUCGUGUUGUGUCCAUCCUGCCCCCGUCAACCUUUCACACAUGAACACUGACACACAAUCACACACUACCGCAGGGGUUCCCGACCAUCUGUUUGAUAAAAACUCACGUCAUUAGAGAUUUGGAUUUCAUACCUCCCGUCAACCCUCCCGGGAAACCCCCGUACUUCACUCGUCUUUCCCGUCUUAAAUACUUUCCCGUACAUUUCCCGCAUUUUGACUUCCAUCAAAAAACAACACUGCAGGUGACGAUGGUGAUGGUAUCCAUGCUUGAGGUUUGAACUAGAGCAAUACGCGAGGACAUUUCCAGGAAAUGUCUUUUAUUUCCCCAUGCACAUGUUGACAGGUAGGACCUUAGUGUGUCGUCAUGACUAUGGGCGAGCUUUGCAAGGGGAAUUAUACCGAAAUUCUGCAAUAAUUGAUACACGGGAAGAAAAUCUGCUACAAUGCAUCACGGUAUCUGUGACAACAAAGAAGGAGAGAAUGUAUAGAGACACAGAUAUCAUAGUCCAAACAUUCGGUCCUCUUACAUUGGAGUCUAUACGGUAAUUUGAUAUAAUAAUACGCCUUUCUCUGGAAAUAUUUCCAUAAUUGAAUAGUCUGAUUAAACAGUCAUGUGUCCAAUUGCAUAGUUUACAUUAAAGAAACUCAACACAAAGGAGCAUUACUUAACUUAACAGUGGCGUCCAUUUACAGUGCAAUGACCCAUGACCCUGGCAUGUGCGUGUCAUUUUUAUGGACACUGUGGGAGGCAAAAAGUGAGUGAAAUACAUGAAAAGCAAAACAAAUAUGGUUAGAAGUACAAAUCUGUCAUUUUUUUUAAUGUCACAAGCAAGACGGAGCCACCUUUGAGUGCAUUUAGAUGGAGCCUUGCAGUGAGAACAGCGAUACGUACUUUCGUGUUAGACUCCAAAAGUGUCCAAUAAAACCAGAGAAAGUCGCAAGUCGUUUUUUUUUUUUUCUUUAAAUGAAACUAGAAGGGUGUGAAUACUCGCUAAACGUAGCGACAAUAUAGCAGCACUGAUCCCUCCUGCUCCAUCUUCUUAUUCCCUGGCAGAGCAGGUGCAUAUGAGGUGUGUUAAGAAGCCAUCUACUGUACGGAGUUGGAACAACACGCUACAGUCACAGUCAGUCCCAUUAUGAUGAGCUUUGGCUUUGUGGCUGAUUUCGGGUUGUUCUGUUUUAUUUUCUAUUCCCCAAGGUAGUGGUUAUCAUUAAUAACUGGCUGGGUUGCAUUAUUUCUUUUAUUUUUUUGUUUCAUAAAUGACUAUAUAACAUUGUGCGUGCAUGUGUUGGUGCAUGCUGAAGUGUGCCGGGCCCGUCAGUCGUCACCCGUGGCUGUGGUUGAUUGCUAUCAAUCAUCAUGCGUGUGUUUUGCAGUUUUUCAUGUGGAAUUUGCUCCUGUUUGUCUAAACGGUUGGGGACCCCUGCAGUAACACACUGAUUAAGGGGCAGGGGGAUUUUUGUGUCAAGGCGGUGGGAGGAGUUCCGUCGUCGCUUGAUUGGCAGCUGGAUGUGUGUGGGAGAGAACAAAGCACAGCGCCAUAGCAACCACAUUUGAAAAAAAGCACCUUAACACUGCUUACAUGAAGCCAUACAGUAGUUGCUUUUAUUUUAUUUGUAUUAUCAACGCUAUGAAAAUAUUCCAUGACAUUUAAAGCAAUACACACACACGUGACGCCUCACCUUGCAUCCAUCAUAUCCACUUAGUGUAGGCUCCGCCCCUUCUCCUCACCAUCAAAGCAGACUGUUAGUAAGAACCCCCCCCCCAAAAAAAAGCCAAAUCACUUCAAUGGAGCACAUCCUAUGCAUUUUCAUUGUGCAAUAUGUAUAGUUUUGUGUGAGUGCGUGUGUGAGUGUGUGUGUGUCGUAGACAACCCAGUACUCGUGCUACUUUCAGCCCACCUGUCCGUCAAAGCAGCCGGCCUCACUGUUUUUCUGGAGCGUUCCCAAGUUUAAAUGUAAACCCAAUAGAGGAACUAUUAGAACUUUUAUCAGAUUUAUUGUAUCAUAGUCAGUAGAUUAUAGCAACCUCUCUCUUCGUGUCCUUUAUUUACAUGUCUUUUUUUUCUAAGAGAAAAUAUUUAACUAAUAUUGAACGUGUAACUUAAGGCCGUUUUAGGGAUGAAAAAAACGGCAUAAAAGGAUGAAAUCCCAUUAGGCAGGCCUUCUCAGGGGUGACCAGGUUGAGCCAACGCUAACGCCGCCAUCCACAUUUCAGGGUAGCUUGUCCCUCGUUCAAGACAGCUGUACCGUGGCCGGCACAGCAGCGGAUGGAUUUUGGAAAAUAAAAGCUUUUAGAACUUCUUAAA